AUGGCAGCCGCACGCCCGUUUGUGAUCCCGCUCGCCGCGCUGCUCGUCGCGCUGCUCGCUGCGCUGCUCGCGCCCGCCGCGGCCGCACCGCGUGUGCGCCGCCAGCUCGCUGACGAUGCGGCGCUACAGCCCCUUGAUGACGCGGCCGAGGACGAGCAGACGCGCGAGAAGCGCAAGCUGGAGGGAGUGACGCAGGCCAAGUUCGGCAUCAAGAACGCCGUGCUCGGCUUCGUGUUCGGGAAAAUCAACUCUUUGAUCGACGCCAAGACCCGGUUCGUGGACACGCUGGACCGACAGAACAUCGAGCUGAACAAGCAGUACGGUAUCGAGCCUCCCGCACCCGGCGGCCUGGCCUCGCUGAGCGGCGUCGUAACGCAGGUCAUCGGGCCCAAGCUGCAGCUACUCGGGCCUAAGCUGCAAGCGGUUACCGGCCUGCUGGGAGGACUAUCCGGUGGCUCGUCGGCGCAAGGUGGGGGCUCGGGCGGCUCGGGGGGCUCCGGCUUGGGCUCGAUCCUGUCGCUGGUGACGUCGUUGUCGGGUUCCUCCUCCGGCGGCGGGGGAGGGGCCGCCCCCAGCGUUGAGACCGUGGACUCAUCAGAAGAAGAAUCCUGAUCGUAGUUUUAACGCUUCUUCGAUUUAACAAUUUCCCUACUCGUGUGCUCCGCGGUACCUUCCCCGUUGCCGAUAUCGCGCUGCAGUCGAGUCUCCCCUCUCGCUCCCCCCUUACUUUCCACGAGUGCCCGCUUGUACAGUCCGCGGCCGCAUUUCGCCCUCAUCCUCCUUCUCCUCUUUUGUAUUUAUAUGUAAAUAGAUAUAGGUGAGUGCUGGUGACUAUUAAAUAUUUUUUUAUGAAU